AGCAUUUUACUCAUAUAAGACCUCUUCUUCUCCGCCAUUUCUCUCUCCUUGCAAAAAAAGGGUUGAAAAAAAAAAGCAAUGGAAGAAAAGCUCUCACCCGAAUCCUCCUUUCUCAAUCAAGAGGAUCAGAACGGUUAUCAUCAUCAUGGGUGGCAAAAGGUCACCUAUCCGAAGCGCCAGAAGAGAAAGACACCUUCAGAUCCCAACGGCCCCACCACCACAACCCAUCUCCCAACCGCAGGAUCAAGCGCCUUCCGAUCUCUCGAGCAGCAGGCCGAUGAACGGAUUCGCCUCCGUACCCUUGCGGAGUCUCAGAGGGCCCAGGCCGAGAUCGUCUCCAAACCCAAACCCAAACCCCAUGCUGCCACCUCCGACGACGACGACGGGGACAGCGACGAAGCAAUCGAUGGCCAUGCGGAGAACGGGACCGAUGUGAAGAAGCCUAAGCAGAAGAAGCCCAAGAAACCCAAGAUCACCGUUGCAGAUGCGGCCUCCAAGAUCGAUGCAUCCGAUCUCGCUGCCUACCUCAUGGAUAUCUCUACUUCUUAUGAAGCGAAUCAAGACAUUCAACUCAAGCGAUUCGCAGAUUAUUUUGCCCGUGCUUUCUCCUCUGUCAGCGCAUCGCAGUUUCCAUGGGCAAAGAUCCUCAAGGAAUCACCUGUUGCAAAGACCAUGGAAAUACCUCUAUGCUAUAUUUCUGAAGCUGUUUAUAAGACAUCUGUUGAUUGGAUCGGUCAACGAUCUGUUGAGGCUCUUGGUGACUUUCUUAUAUGGUCAUUGGAUAACAUCCUUGCUGAUUUGGCUAGUAUAAAAGGACCUGUCAAGGGAGCAAAAAAGUCAACUCAACAGGUUUCUUUAAAGGCACAGGUUGCAAUAUUUGUGGUCGUGGCAAUGGUAUUACGGAGAAAACCUGAUGCAUUAACCAACCGACUUCCAGAUCUGAAGGACAAUCCUAAAUAUCAGGGACAAGAUAAACUUCCCGUUAUUGCGUGGGUGAUUGCUCAGGCCUGCCAAGGAGACCUUGUUGUUGGGAUGCAUUCAUGGGUGCAAAAGCUCUUGCCUAUUGUUAGUGGCACAUCAAGUUGUAAUCCGCAGUCCAGGGACUUGAUUUUGCAGCUGUUGGAAAGGAUUUUGUCAACCCCAAAAGCUCGCCCUAUUUUGUUGAAUGGGGCAGUCAGGAAGGGGGAGCGGCUGGUCCCACCUUUUGCACUUGAGCUGUUGAUGCGAGCUACUUUCCCUACACCGUCUUCUCGGGUCAAGGCAACUGAAAGGUUUGAGAAAGUGUAUCCCACCUUAAAAGAAGUGGCCCUUGCAGGUUCUCCGGGAACUAAAGCAAUGAAACAAGUUUCGCAGCAGCUUUUGCCUCUGGCCGUCAAAGCAAUGAGUGAAGAAAACCGUGAAUUAUCCGAUGAAGCAGCUGGUAUUUUCAUCUGGUGUUUGGCUCAGAACAUUGAUUGUUACAAGCAGUGGGAAAAGCUUCACUUGGAAAACUUAGAAGCAAGUGUUGUUGUUCUGCGAAAGCUGUCUGAUGAGUGGAAAGAACACUCGAAAAAACUUUCUUCUGUUGACACUUUAAGGGAGACUGUCAAGAGCUUCAAGAUGAAGAAUGAGCAAGCAUUGGAAGAAGAAGCAGAUGCUGGUCGCCUAACCCUCAUCAAGGAUGUGGACAAAUACUGCAAGGUGUUAUUGGGAAGAUUGACGCGUCGCUUCGGCUGCUGCACGGUGAGUGGGCUGUGUGCUCUUACACUUGCAAUCACUUUGGGUGCUGUCCUUGUGUCCCCCAACAUGGAGACUUGGGACUGGAAGAGGCUUCAUGUGAUGUUUGGCUUCCCACAAUCCUUCUGAGCAUAUACCAACCACAAAGCAAACACACCCCCUGCAUUUGGGAGGAACAAAGCAGGCGUGGGGGCGGCAGAAUGAGUGUGUCAGAGAACUAUGCAUCUGGCUCUGUUGAAGUUUGGCAGAGAAUGCAUGGUGAGUGCUUACUGAUACUUUUAGUCAGAGGUGUUAUACAAUGCUCGACUAAAAAGAAAAUCUAUUUUCUGUUCGGAUUUUCAGUUUGUACCAGUGGGGCACAUGCCACUGAUCCAAGCUGUACAAGUGGGGCUUUAGGAUCUUCCAAGGAAUUUUAGCAGUCUGCAUCGUAUCAACAGUUUGGAGUGAGAGAUGGUGGCCCCCACUUGUUUACAAAUUGGAAACCUGAGCAAACUGUAGAUAAUCUCACGUUGAGAUUUUGUAGAAUGCCCCUUAAUUUAUAGAGAGAUGUGGGGGAGUUCAAAACUCUGUUUUUAUGAUGAAGUAGCUAAUGGUGUAAGAGUGGCGAGUCACUUAGUAGUCCCCCAGCCAAGACUGACCUGUUUUUCCUACUACCUUUUGUAUUUUUGAUGCUAAAGGUUGAGAAUAUUUCUCUUUUAAAGUUCUUAUUUAGGUUUA